UUUGUGGAAGACUAUCCUUUCUUCUCUAUGGUCGGGCCGAGGCCGAUGGGAGGCUGGCGGACUGUACACAUUCUCCCCCUAUUACCUCACUGUCAGGGAGGAGGCUUCUGGGAUAGGGGAGGACCUGGGUGCUGCCUCGCUCCCUUCCAGUCCUCCAGCCCCUCUGCACGGCGGCUUGGGGGAUUCUUCGCCCCGGCUUCGCUGUGCGGCCCCCCCCGCCCCGCCGGGCCCGCUUCUCCGGGGAGCCCCUGCCCAGCCCAUGGCUCCAUGAAGCGGGAGGAGGCGGCGGAGGGGAGGCAGCGGCGGCGGCUGGGCUGAGACGGCAGAGAAGCCGCGUCCGGCGCCGGGGCCGGAGGAGAAGAUUUGGGGAAUAGGAAUGGGACCUGAGAAAAGAGAAUUCAUUCCUGAUAUUAAGUAGCUUCCCCCACACGCUGCUGCUCUCUUGGCAAUACAAGUUUUCUGCUUUCAGGUUCUGCAGUGCUCCAGGCAGCAAGUGCUGAAUCAGGAUGGGAAAAAGACGCUGUGUUCCUCCACUUGAGCCCAAGUUGGCAGCAGGCUGUUGUGGGGUAAAGAAACCCAAAUUGUCUGGGAGUGGAACACACAGUCACGGGAAUCAGGCUACAACUGUGCCAGGCUCAAGUUCGGGUCCUCUUCAGAACCACCAGCAUGCAGAUGGGAGCAAUGGAAGGGAGAACAUAUCUGACUUAACUUUGGGCCCUGCAAAUUCCCCAAUUACUCGAAUGAAUCCCACUUCAGGAGCUCUGAGUCCCCUUUCUCGAUCUAACGGAACUGCCAACAGUACCAAGAACCUUGUAGUGACAGCGGAGAUGUGCUGCUACUGCUUUGACGUACUCUACUGUCAUCUCUAUGGUUUCCCUCAGCCACGACUUCCUCGAUUUACCAAUGAUCCCUAUCCGCUUUUUGUGACGUGGAAGACGGGGCGAGACAAGCGGCUUCGUGGCUGCAUUGGAACCUUCUCAGCCAUGAAUCUUCAUUCAGGACUCAGGGAAUACACAUUAACCAGUGCACUUAAGGACAGCCGAUUUCCCCCCCUGACCCGUGAGGAGCUGCCUAAACUUUUCUGCUCUGUCUCCCUCCUCACUAACUUUGAGGAUGCCAGUGACUACCUGGACUGGGAGGUUGGGAUCCAUGGGAUCAGAAUAGAGUUCAUCAAUGAGAAAGGUGUCAAACGUACAGCCACGUACUUACCUGAGGUUGCUAAGGAACAAGACUGGGAUCAGAUCCAGACCAUAGACUCCUUGCUCAGGAAAGGUGGAUUUAAGGCUCCUAUUACCAAUGACUUUAGGAAAACAAUUAAACUCACCAGGUACCGCAGUGAAAAGGUGACAAUCAGUUAUGCAGAAUAUAUGGCUUCCCGUCAGCAUUGUUUCCAGAAUGGCACUCUUCAUGCCCCACCUCUCUACAAUCAUUACUCCUGACACACGGCUGCAUGACCAGUCCCGCCCCCCAGUUGCCACCAAUGGCUACGACAUCAUUGGGGCAGAUGCCUCCUCUUCUUGGUCCAGUUACUUCUAUUACUGCACCAUUUUAUGAUGCUAGCUUCCGUUGCCAAGUCUGCCUUCCAGCUGACCUGGGGGGAAUGAUGUGAGUGUGACAGAACUUCAGGGGCCCAAGCCUUAUCUCAGCCUUCCCUCGAAAUGGGGGUUUAGUUGGAUUGGGGCUCCAUGACUAGGAAUUGCAGUGAGGUGCAGAAGACCUCUGGGAGUGAAAGUGCCACUUCAGAUUGCUCUGCCCUUGUAUGUCCUACGUUCUGGAAACUUGAAUUGUUAAUUAUGAAAGCCCCCCCAGAUCAAGUAGGAGCGUUCCUCUGGCAGUCUGGGCAACGGAGUCCAACAAAACAUUUUUAGGUUAUUUUAAAUUCUUUUUUUAAUCUCUGGUAUUUGUUGUGUAUCAAGAGCUGAUUACAGUCCCCAAACAUCACAGGUGGACAUCAUGUUAAGGGGAGGGUUGAACAUCUGGAUAGCACCCCCUCCUCCUGGAUGGAAACCAUUUAAAGAUGUGAACACCCUUUGGAUGGUAUUACAAAUGAAAGCAUUGCUUAAACAAACCCCAGAAGGCUUUAAUUCUCAGAUUCCACUGUCAGUUGAAUUCUCCAGCCCUCUUCUUCUGGUUCAUAUUCAGUUUUCUGGUUUAAACAGUGUUUUAUGAUGUAGCUUGCUAUUGAACAGAAAUGGUGAGGUUCUUGAGUCUGCCUGGAAGAUCUCUUCUCAGUUACAACUAGGCUUACUUACUGCCUUAGACACUGGUGGUAGAACCUACGAUGGAUUGGGGAAUGGGAGGGGGCUCUUGCAGGGCAUUGAUUGCAGUUAUACAAAUUAAUCUAGUGCCUGAAAGUUGUUUAAGUCAAGCAAGCACUCUCGGAGACAUUCCUUUCAACAGGACGGCCACUUUCUCUAGGGUGACUAUUGAUCUGAUAUGGGAGUUGUUGAUGUUCCAGUUCAAGGCAGGUCUACAGAGUAAAGCUAUGUAGGUUAGCUUGUAAGUCAUUGUCUAACACAAUUUAGUCAUUGCCACACCAAGCAAUUUUUUUUUAAAUAUCAGUUUUACCCAAACCCUAUUAAAUUCCUGUGCAUUUUGUAUUUCCUCACCCAUCACUGCUGAUUACACAAGAUAUUUGCCAUUAAAUGGAAGCAUCUUCUUUUCCAGUACGCAUACUCCUCCUACCCAAGUCACUGAAUGAUGUCCUGAAUACUGGAUUAUGGCACCUCUAAAUUAAUAAUCAGGGACUGUAAAACGAUUAUACAAGCUUCUUACAAAUAUCUUGGUAAAAGGGAAAGAAUGGUCAAAGAAAAUGCAGAUUAAGAGCAUAAUGGACUAAUGGCUAUUUGAUGGCAUAUAUCCUCUAAAAUAUGUGUGGUAAUGCUGGCUUUUUAAACUGGCUGGGAAUAUCAGACUGAAAUUUACACAAGUUCUCUCCUUAUGUGGGAAGUGGGUCUGUAAGAAACCUCAAAACUGUGCAUGCUGUUCCUUCUAAUUCCUCUGAAGAAGUGAACAAAACCCUGCAGUUUUGCUUGUCAGUGUCAUGUUGUGCUGCUGUUGGGGAAAUGUAGAUGUGAGGAAAAGGAGGGGGUCCUAUUUUGGAUAUCUGUGCAAUAUUGUCCCAGCCUUGCUUCUGUACUGGGUCAUUCUUAUGAACUGCCACAUUUCCCUUGUGAUGUAGAUGAAACAAGUUUGAAGAUGAAGGGAUUGUUUCACGAUUUCCUGCUGCUGAGAAUAAAUCAGUCUUGUUACAAA